CGGUGUUGACGGAAGUCAAGAUGGCGGCGGCCACCUCGGACCUGCUGACGGGAUGGUGCCUCUUCGGCCUGGUGCUGCUGGCCAUUCUGGUGUUCUGCUGGGUUUAUGUGCGCAAGUAUCAGAGCCGGCGGGAGAGCGAAGUCAUUUCCACCAUAACUGCCAUCUUUGCCUUGGCUGUUGCUCUUAUCUCCUCAGCACUGCUGCCAGUGGACAUCUUCUUGGUUUCAUACAUGAAAAAUCCAAAUGGAACAUUUAAGGCCUGGGCUGAUGCUAAUGUUUCAAGACAAAUUGAAGACACUGUGCUUUAUGGAUACUACACUUUGUACUCCAUCAUACUGUUCUGUGUCUUUCUGUGGAUUCCCUUUGUCUACUUCUAUUAUGAGGAGAAGGAGGAAGAUGGUGGCAACACAUGCUCACAAGUAAAAACUGCACUCAAAUACACUCUGGGCUUCAUCACAGUCUGUGCAGUCCUGCUCUUAAUUGGUGCUUUUGUUCCUUUGGAUAUUCCCAACAAGAAGAAUUCCACAGAGUGGGAGAAAGUGGAGCUCCUGUUUGAAGAACUUGGCAGCAGUCAUGGCUUGUCUGCCCUCUCCUUUUCCAUUAGCUCCUUGACUGUGAUUGGAAUGUUGGCAGCUAUCACUUACACAGCUUAUGGGAUGUCAGCUUUGCCCCUGAACUUGAUCAAGGGAACCACCAGCGCCACUUACGAACGGUUAGAGAACACUGAAGACAUUGAGGAAGUGGAGCAACAUUUACUGAGGAUUAAAUCAAAGUGCAGGGAUGGUCGUCCUCUGUCAUCAAGGGACAGGCGCAGUGUCCACCAGCUAGAGGAGAAGCUAAGGACACUGAGGAGGAGAGAGAGGCACCUGGAGUCUAUUGAGAAGAGCUGGUGGACAAAGUUCUGUGGAGCCAUCCGGCCUCUGAAGGUUGUGUGGGGAGUGUUCUUCAUCAUUGUGGCACUGCUCUUCACUGUCUCUCUGUUCCUGUCCAAUUUGGACAAAGCUCUGCAUUCAGCUGGCUUCAACUCAGGAUUUAUAAUACUAGGAACUAACCUGACCAAUCCACUGAACAUGCUGCUACCUGUCCUACAAACAGUUUUCCCACUUGAUUACAUUCUUAUUACAACCAUUGUGAUGUACUUCAUCUUCACUUCCAUGGCUGGCAUUCGAAAUAUGGGGAUAUGGUUCUUCUGGAUAAGGCUGUAUAAAAUCAGACGAGGGAAAACUCGCCCCCAAGCACUUUUGUUUCUCUGUAUGAUACUUCUGCUGAUAGUGCUCCAUACGAGCUACAUGAUCUACAGCCUUGCUCCUCAGUAUGUCAUGUAUGGAAGCCAGAAGUACCUGGUGCAGAGUAAUAAGACACUUGAUGACCAGCCAGGGAAUGUGACAUUUGUAUCUAAAGACUGUGAUGCAGAUGCACCUGAAGAGCAGUGCAUCGUGACCCGGACGUACCUCUUCCUUCAUAAGUUCUGGUUCUUCAGUGCUGCCUACUACUUUGGGAACUGGGCAUUCAUUGCUGUCUUUCUCAUUGGAUUAAUUGUUUCGUGCUGCAAAGGCAAGAAGUCAGUCAUUGAAGGUGAAGUGGAUGAAGAUGAUUCAGACAUGAGUGAUGAUGAACUGACUUCUUACUACCACUGAUAUGCUUUUUGUCUCCAGGAUUGCCAACUGUGGUUUAAAGCUAGGAUGAAAGUCAUAGCCAAUUGGUAUCC